CCUAAUUCACAGUCAGUGAAUAACCUGUCAUGGUAGGGCACAUGGAGCAGUCCUUGGUGCGCAUUCUCCGCGGUGCCAAAGGCAGCUUCAUCUCGCCAAAGAUUCAAGUGAAGCGAUUUCCAUCCAUGGGACUUGGAAUCCAAGCCGUCGAACCCAUCGACAGCGGCGAAGUCGUCUUUGUCGCGUCGUCCGACGUGUGGCGCGAGUACUCGGCGGGCACUGCGCGUGCAGAAGCGCGACAACAAGCGCCUGCCUUCGUAGAGCGAGUGGAUAGCUAUUGCGGCAAUAAUCAGCGCAUGGCGGAUGCGGUGCUGCUUGCCACGCAUAUCGUGGUCGGUGAUGCCUCGGACGUGUACCUGAAUUCGCUUCCUCCCGUGCUGGACGUGCCCAUGUACUGGACGGAGCGCCGCCUGGACGAGCUACGGCACUGUGACGUCCGCCACACGAUUGUCAAUGCGCGGCAAGUGUAUCGUAAGAUGCACACGGAUCUGUUUGGGUCGACUGCUCCCAUGGUGAGCAGCAUCGACUUUCAGUGGGCGUUGUCCGUGCUCAUGUCCCGCGCCACAUCCGGCAAAGACCAGCCCUUCACGUUGAUCCCGUACUUUGAAUGGUUCAACCACUCCCACGCUAAGUCGGCCUGCGAACAUGCUUAUGUGGAGAAAGACGAUUCAUUUGUGAUCCGCACCACGGCUCCGCAUGCUCCGAACGACCAACUGUACAUCAACUAUGGGGACCACCACACCCCAGCCACGUACUUGCGCCAUUAUGGAUUCGCAUCCAUUGAACAUGCCCGGGUGCUGGAUCCAGUUAUGAUGCACGACAAGGUGUCGUUUCACGAUCUCCCAGAUUCGGACGGGUCGAAGGCCACCAAGUUGAGAUUGCUGCACGCGUUGGGGUGGCCAGUGGAAAAGGCUAAGCCAUUCACAGUCCACAUGGCGGGAUCCACGGACCAGGUGGACGUGUGGGACUGGCUCAGGCUGUACGUAGCCACCGCCGACGAAUUGACCCAUCGGCAAACACAUCCGAGCUCCGUUCCGUGGCUUGAGUCCAAUUCCCAACGGCUGCAAGCGCUUGUGAAGCAAUUGUGUCAAGCCCGCCUCGCCCAGUACCCGUCGUCCCCCGAGGUAAGGCAUUGCAAUAGUCCAAAGUUCAAUUUGUCAUGGAUAGGACGACUUUGACCUGUUGCGGCUCCACCAUGCGACGCUGGAGCCUUGGCAUGCGGCUUGUGUGAACGUUCGGUUGGCCGAGAAGCUCGUCCUCCGUAGCUUCCUCGACCAACUCGACUCCCGAGAUGCUGGCUCGAACAUGUUUCGCGCUUAAGUUGGACUGGUUGGCUACGAUAUGUUGGAUGCCUGGUACCUUUGUGGCCAUAACGCUUUGUACAUGACACGCCCAUGCACACACACACCCUCGACUUCCAUUUGCGCACAAGGACCGGUACACACCAUGAGAAGGGGGGCGGCCUCGCGUAGGCCGUUUGGUCUAUGUUAUAGUGGCCUAGAGUUGGGCCACAGGCGUUGCAGACAUUGUUGCAUUUUGGUAUUAUACUAAC